AAAGCUAUUGNAGACAAUGGUUUUUGUUCCUCUCCUCCAAAAGUCCAACCACUUGUUUUGUUACUCUUCGAGUUGUUCAUCCUACUCAAGCUUUAUGUUGUGGUGGUUCACAUCGUCCGAAGAGUUGUGGGAAGAGAAUCAUCCUGCUGAAGAGAAAAACUGCGGUUUCACGCUUAUACCUUCGAUCUUCGUUGAAAGAAAGGUCAAGUCAAGUACAGAGACCAGGNAACCAUACGAAACAAGUGACCGAACAAAACGCUAUUUUAUUGCUCAAGGAAUGGAUUGGGAUAUUUUUGUUUGGGUUUAUUACCACUUUUGUAACAAUAUAUUUUUAUUUGGUGACAAAAAACAAACGUUGGUUGUUGUUAAUUGUUGCUUGUGGUAUGCUUUGGAGUAUUUCGAUGGUUAUUCAGAGACUACACAUUCGNAGAAUGUUGUUAGCACAGCGGGUAUGGCAAGAAGAUAUGGAGAAAUAUAUGUCGAAACUGGAAGAAAGGAUAGAAAAAGGAGAUGGUCAACUAGCAAUGUCGAUAUCUCAGUUAGAAUCCAUAGCAAAGACUUGNGAGUGGAUGGAAAGGAAACAAGAAGAACGAAAGGAAGAGUGGAAACAGUUUUUAUGGGAAUGGAAAAGACUUGGAGAAGAAUGGAANGAAAGCAGAAUGUCCUUGAAUACUCGCCUAUAUCAACUGGANAAAUGGGAAGAAAGAUGGAAAGAUAUUCAGUCCACUUUAAAGGAAUUGGCUUCNAAUCUAUCGGCNGAAAAGCAAAAUUGGUCGAGUUUGUCNGAACAAGUCAACCAAUUGUUNGAGAAAGUGACUUUGGUAUCUUCNGAAAAUCGCUUUUCAAUGGAAAANAAGGAAACCGUGUCUUCUUCUAUUUCNAAUGGAAANAANAAUGUGUCUGGUAUAGUUCCUUGGAAAGAAUCGAAAGGAAGAGAAGGAUANAGCCAUCUUUANAGUUUCUCGAGAGANGAAUUNGAAAGAGAAGAAAUGUUAAAACAGUUGGANGAAGAAUGGAUCGACGCUUAUUGGGAAGAAAGAGAUUANAAAGANAGUAUCUCACCAUUAUUAUUAUUGGAGUCCUCCAAAACCUUAUCGGGAUUACCGCAGCAAGUAUUCUUCGANAAGAANAAAGAGCAUAUGCCGGAUUGUCAAGAUGUAUUAAGNAAAGAAGAAGAAGACAAGCCCCUUUUGAANAAACAAGANGAAGAAGACUANAAAAAAAGGACUUUGAUGCUUAUGGAGCAAGUUGGAGUUGCCAACAAAUCACACUUGGAUGCUAUUCUUCAUACUGCACUNAGAAGAUGGGAACGUCUNAGCUAUAUAUUGACAGANGAUUANGAAGUGUUCCUUCAAUGGGGUGUAACCUUGAUGAACCGUGCNAGACUCUCAACAUCNAAAGAACAGGAACAACAAGACUUGAUAGAAGCUGGAAGAAAGUUCAUGAAAGCAAGNGAAAUGAAAGACAGNGAUGCUCGUAUUUGGUUCAACUGGGGUCUUUCAUUAUGUUUGAGAGGUUCUAUUCUAAAAGGNGAAGAAGCUUGCCAACUAUUCGAAGCAGCUUGNGAAAAAUANGACAAAGCAACUCAGUUGGAUGGAUUUUCCUUUGUAACGCAUUANAAUUAUGGUUUAUGUUUGUAUUCACUGGUAAUGGACUGACUGAUUGAAAUGUCUUUUAAUAAUAGAUGUGAAUUAGGGUACUCUCUUAACUGGAGA